AUGAUUGGUAUUGGUAGUUAUUUGGAGAUGAAUAAAAUGAUGGUAAACUUUUCAAGAAAACAUAUAUUAUCGUAUAAUGAAUAUGGUAGUAAGAAAGAGGAUAUUAAUAAUUCUAUUUUAAUACGAUCAUUUUUACAGUAUAUAUUAAUUCGGGCAGAUAAGAGUGUGUUGGGGAAUGGGGAUUUAGAGUUGUGUGAGAUGUAUUUGAAUGAUUUGAAGUAUUUUACGUGUUACUGUAAUCCAAUUUUUGAGAUUUACGAUUUCAGUUUGAAAAGCAAGAAAAGUGAGAAAAGUGAGAAAAGUGAGAAAAGUAAGAAGGAUAAUCAGCAUAAAAAAGAUAAGAAAAAAGAGAUUGAAGACAGUAAAGAAUUUAGUAAAGAGGAUAAGUUGGUUUAUAAGUUAAUUGAAUUGGAUUUGAAUGGAGAUAGAGUGAUUCGAAAGGAUAAACAAGAAAUGGUAGAAAGGACUAUUGAGGAAUUUUUAGGGAUACUCGAGGGAGGAUAUUUAGAACUUGAAAUGAGAUUUUCUAGUAAUAUUUGCAGACAAAGACAAAAGUUGAAUUCAUUGAUAUGCACAUUUGAUUCGAUUCAACAAUUGGCAGAACAAGUGGAUCAUAAGUUGGUUAAAAUAAUGUAUGAUAAUGAUAAUAAAUUGAAUAAGGUUAAUAGCAAUGGGGGUGAUGAUAUAUUAAUCUUUAUGACAUAUGUUUAUUAUAAGAAAAUUGAGAUUAUGAUAAAUUUUCUAUUUGAAGGGUUUAAAUUGGAAGUUUACAAGAAAUGGGAAUAUGAUAUAGUGUAUUAUAAUCUAAAGAAGUUGAUUGAGAGUAAUUUGAUUGUUUUAGAGUAUAUUUUAGAUUACAAUAAAUUUAAAAGAGAGAAGGUUGAGAGAAUAAUUGAGGAAAACUUGAAAGAUAAAAACGGGGGAAUUAAUUUGAAAAAGAUCAGUUUAGUUAAUUCGAUUAAUAAAUUGGAUAUUGAUGAGAGUCAUUAUAAUAACAAGAAGAAAAACAAAAAGAAUAUAAACAAUUUAAAGAGAAAAAAAAAUAUAAUAUUGGAUGAGAAGUUGAAUAAACUAAAUAAAAUCGAAAAGUUUUUAGUAAAUUUAAUUAAAGAUUACGAGAUUAAAUUGAUAUUAACGGAAAUAGAGUUGAAAACAGUGAAGAUAUAUGAGAAGAAUGGAUUUAUUGGGUUGCCCAAGUUCAAUCAAAUUGAGGAAAUACUUCAAAAGCAGAAUAGAGAAUACGAUUUUGCGAGUUCUAUAUAUUCUUUGAGGAUGAAGCCGUUUUACACAGUGCAAUUGCCAGAGUUUCAAAGCUACGACAAAUAUGAAAAAUACAAGAGGGACACAGACAAGGCCUAUGAGCAAGGAAAGUGUAUCGAGGAGAUCAAGAUGUUGAACCAGGAGGGCAAGAUUCGAAUAAUGGAGAUGGUGAGGGAGAUUGAAAGAGAUCAAGAAGCCUUGGGAACAAGGUUGAUUGUGAAAGAAAGCAUCCAGUGGUACAGUGAGAUGAUGAGAAGCUCUAUUGGGAUGUACUCAAGCGUGUUGAAGUUGAGCAAAAUGAGAAAAGAAGCAAAAGCAGCAGGUGAAGCAAAAACAGCAAAGACACCCAGAGCCGAGGUUGUGAGGACACAGUACCACCGGUUCUUUCCGGUGAUGGUGCUUGAACCGCCACUGCAAUAA